AUGUAUCACGCGCCGGGCCAGGGCCGCCACUUCAACCCCUUCUCACUGGACAAGACCUACUACGGCCCCUACGAUGAGACCACCUGCAUCGCCUGGACGGACGACUCCAAGUGCUUUGCGGUUGGGAGCAAGGACAGCAGUACCUGGGUGUUCGGGGCGGAGCGAUGGACAAACCUCAUCUACUACUCACUCGGGGGCCACAAGGACGCCAUUGUCGGCUGCUUCUUUGAAGCGGGCAGCCUGGAUGUCUACACGCUGAGCCGUGAUGCAACAUUGUGCGUGUGGGAGUGUGACACUGACCCCGAGGGCCUGUUGCUGCCGGCGGUCCCGGUGGGUGGGGGCCGGCGCCAGGGGCCCGCCGUCGCUGGCGUGGGAGGGGCCGAGCUGCAGCCCAAGCCCGACGUGGUGCGGGGGAAAGUGGAGCCGCAGAACCAGAACCAGCGGGGAGGCAAGGUCAAGUACACCAGGACCGGCAGGCAUUUCUUCAACAAGGAGGGGGACUUUAACGAACUGACAGCAGCCGCCUAUCACCGGGGCAACCACCUGCUGGUCACCGGCUUUGCCAACGGCAACUUCCACCUCCACGACAUGCCCGACGUCAACCUCAUCCACUCCCUCAGUAUUUCAGAUCAGAGCAUUGAGUCGAUCUCCAUCAACAGCUCUGGUGACUGGAUUGCGUUCGGCUGUGCAGGCCUCGGGCAGCUGCUGGUGUGGGAGUGGCAGAGUGAGAGCUACGUGAUGAAGCAACAAGGUCACUUCGACAACAUGGUCGCCCUCUCCUACUCCCCCGACGCCCAGUACAUCGUCACAGGUGGAGACGAUGGCAAGGUGAAGGUGUGGAACACCCGCAGCGGUCUGUGCACGGUCACCUUCACUGACCACAGCAGCGGCGUCACGGCCGUCACCUUCAACGCCACCGGCUACGUGGUGGUCAGCGCCUCGCUGGACGGCACCGUGCGCGCGUUCGACCUCCACAGGUACAGGAACUUCCGCACGUUCACGUCCCCGCGGCUGGCCCAGUUCUCCUGCCUGGCCCUCGACCCCAGCGGAGAGAUCGUCUGCGCCGGCUCCCGCGACUCAUUCCAAGUGUUCGUCUGGUCAAUGCAGAGCGGCAGGUUGCUCGAUGUGCUGGAUGGACACGAGGGGCCGGUGAGUGGCCUGAGCUUCAGCCCGACACAGGGCCUCCUGGCCAGCGCGUCCUGGGACAAGACGGUCAAGCUGUGGGACAUGCAGGACAGCUGGAAGACCAAGGAGACUCUCCGGCUCAGUGCUGACGGGCUGGCGGUCAGCUUCAGGCCGGACGGGGGGGAGCUGGCGGUAGCCACGCUGGACGGUCACAUCACACUGUGGGACCACGCCCGCGCCGCCCAGACCGGCUCCAUCGAGGGGCAGCACGACCUGCACGGCGGCCGGAGGGAACUGGACAAGGUGACCGCACGGCACUCGGCCAAGAGCAGGGCGUAUUCGACACUGUGCUACUCUGCGGAUGGUGGGUGGGUGCUGGCGGGGGGACAAUCCCGCUACGUCUGUAUCUACAACGUGAAGGAACAGAUCCUCGUCAAGAGCUUCGAAAUAUCCUGCAACCUGUCACUGGACGCCAUGGAGGAGUUUCUGGACCGCCGGAAGAUGACUGAGUUUGGGAGUGUGGCGCUGAUCGACGAGGGGGCUGGUGAAGAGGGAGUGGCCCUGCCCCUACCGGGGGUGAAGAAAGGUGACAUGAGCCUGCGCCACUUCAAGCCGGAAAUCCGAGUCACGUGCCUACGCUUCUCACCGACAGGGAGGAGCUGGGCUGCCACCACCACGGAGGGGCUGCUGGUCUUCUCGCUGGACGGGGCGGUGGUGUUUGACCCGUACGACCUGGACGAAGAGGUGACGCCUGUCAGCGUGCGGCAGGCGCUGAGACGGGGCGAGUUCACCGUGGCCAUCGUCAUGGCCUUCCGCCUCAACGAGGACAAGCUGACGCUGGAGGUGUUGGAGGGGGUUCCCCACACUGACAUCGGGGUGGUGUGCUCCACUCUCCCCCCGCUCUACGUGGAGAAGCUGCUGGGCUUCAUGGCGGUGACACUGGAGACCUCGCGCCACCUGGAGUUCUUCCUGUCGUGGGCUGAACAACUGCUGAGCCUGCACGGACACAAGCUGAAGGCCCGCUCGGUGGAGUUGCUGCCGGCCAUCCAGUCUCUGCAGAGAAGCAUCCAACGACACUAUGACACCGUGUCCAAACUGUGCGAGUGGAACCGCUACAACAUGCGCUACACGCUGGCCCUGGCGCAGCAGCGGGGCCUGAAACGCCAAGCGGAGACGGAGACGGGGAGUGACGGAGACUCAGACACUCCCAGCGCCAGCGACGACCAGCUCAUGGAGGGCAGUGACUGAGGGGCCCCACGCCACACACGGGGUGAUGGACACUGGACCCCAAUACUCCCCCCCCCCCCCCC